UUUCCUUUGACUAUAACGCUGUGGUGACUCAACAAUUCAUUCAUUAGACGACUAUCAACCUUCAGGCCAAAAAAUCAAAAACAUCUCUGGUCGUCUUCAUAACAAAAUGAGGUCUUUCACAAGCAACUUGGCCGUAGCCUUAUUGAUCGUUGGGUCUUUGGCUGCUGGUCUUGAUAGACGGCAAGAUGCGAGUUCUACGGAUCCCGACGCUGGAAUCACCAUCACAGGCAAUAACCAAGGUAACUCGGGCAGUGCUACGGUAGUUAUAGCGAAUAGCAUUGGGAACGGUGUAGGUGAUACUACCAUAUCUGUAUCGAAUGGUGUCACACAAACUGCUUCCGCCGCUGGAACAACUAUCACAGGCGAUAACCAAGGCAACUCAGGGAGUGCUACGGUGGCUGUAUCGAAUGGCAGCAGUGCCACACAAUCUGCUUCAGCACAAGCUACUUCAACAAGCCAUGGAGCAGCCAUGGGUAUGGGGCUAGAGCCAACUACCCUGCCAUUGUUAGCUGGCGGUGUUCUAGCAGCGGCUGCUAAUGCAGUUUUCCUUCUAUAAGGAAUAAGGAAGUGAUGGAGAGUAAUGGGUAUUUCUUUUGGUGUAUUGAAAACUUCUGCAGCCUGUGUCUGUCAGGUGCAAGGUAAUAGGUUGUACAUUAGCUUAGGUAAUCUUAUGUUGCAAAUAUCGGUCAGGGGAAA